AUAUAAGAAUGCAAUAAUAAUAAGUAACAAACAAAAGAAUAAAACCAAUAUAAGGACAUUCUCCUUAGAGAUCACCAGGUAAAUUCUGUUCAAAUUUAUUGAACAUUAGUAACAAAUUUGCAGGAACAGGUGGAAGUAAUAAUUUAUAAGUUAUAUAAUUAAUUAGUGUCUUCAUCUUUAGCUCCCAAGAAAGCUCAAGCUCCUUAAAAAGUUCCAAAAUCAGGAAUCUUUCAAGCUUUACCUAUAAUUGAAUAGACUCUAUUUAAAAAAUAUUAUGAUCGAGGAGAUCUUCCAAUUGCAGUUAAUUUUAGUGGAGCUGUCAGAAAGAUCGUUUGGAAAUGCGAACCUGAAUGUUUAGAUUAUCAUUUAUAUCUUCCAAUCUUCUUUGAAGGACUGAGAGAAACUGAAGAUCCUUACAAAUUCUUAGCUGUCAAUGGAUGUGAAGAAUUAUUAUAAAAAGGAGAAACUAAGAUCUUAUCAGUGUUACCACAAUUAAUCAUUCCUAUCAAAAGUACAUUUAAUAAAAUAUAAAUUCUUUAAUAGAAGCCUUGGCAACAAAGAAUCACGAUAUUAUGUGCAUUACCUUAAAGAAAAUAUAGAAAUUAGUCAAAAGUGGAUAAAUGAUAGGAGAAGCCUUAGUCCCUUAUUAUAGAUAAAUAUUACCAGUUAUGAAUAUGUAUAAGAAUAAAAGAUGUAUAUUCAAUUAUCAUUUAUUUUAGUAAACAUUGGAGACAAAAUCGAUUAUUCACAAAGAAAAAAUGAAAAUCUCUCUGAUCUUAUACAAGAAACAUUAGAAACACUUGAAAAAAAUGGAGGAGAAGAUGCAUACAUUAAUAUUAAAUAUAUGAUACCAACAUAUGAAAGUUGUAUGUUUUGA